GAUUAUAAAGGCGCACAGAUCUAUACACCGGCCAGGGAUGAAGGGCAGAAAAGUAGCAGUGGGAGGGAGAAGUGGUCGAGGGACUGUUGUUGGAGAUGAAUCCCCAGCAGAGCCUGACAACCUCGGCCCCCUUCAUCCUCUCUCAGCCUUGUUUCGUCUCUACGUUUACGCUCUGCACGGCUGCCUCUGCGAGGUGGCCUUCACCGCCGUGUACGACUGGUGCAGCACCCGAGACCAGAGGCUGCCGGGACACAGCAGCAUCUGGGCGCUGCCCAUGUACGGCUCCGCCAUCUUCUGCAUGGAGGCCCUGAGUGCCCGGCUGCUGGCCCAGAGCCGCUCCCUCCCUGUGAGGCUGGCAGUUUACACUUUAUUCAUUUACAUGUGGGAGUUCAGCUGGGGCGUGGGGCUGAGCCUGAUGGGGGCCUGUCCGUGGGAUUACUCAGGCCAUCGCUACAAUCUUCGAGGACUAGUGACUCUGGAUUAUGCCCCUGCCUGGGCUGUUGCUGGACUUAUAGCAGAGCAGCAUGUAAUUAAGAAUACGCUAAGGAUAAGAUUGAAAAACGGCUGAUUUCAUGGUUACCUUAAGUUAUGUCCUUACAAAAUCACCCAAGUGACAUUUAAUGUCAUUUUUAGCUGGAACACAAUGCUGGUGUAUUUUUAACACUGUCAUAAUUAAAAAUUUUAAUAUAUAUUUUUUUUAUCUCCAAUCAAGUGCUAGGUAAGAAUAACAUUGAAAAAAUGACAAAUUUCAUGAUUAUCUUAAACAAUGUCCUUCCAGAUUUACCCACAUAACAUUUCAUGUAAUUUUUUUGCAGAAACAAUACAAUGCUAUUGUAUUUUUAAUGUUUAAUAAUUAAAAAGGUUCAGAAUUUUAAUCUCCAAUUAACAAUACGCUAAAAAUAACAUUGAAAAACGACUUAUUUCAUGAUAAUCUUAAACUAUGUCCUUCCAAAAUCACCCAACUUUUAGUAAACUUCAAGCAAUCUCAGUUCCUGGUUGUGAACUUAAGUAUAAUAGAGUUAAUUAUGUAUUUAGCCUAAAAUUACAUGUAUUCUACCAUGUUGUCUUCCAUGUUGCUGUUUUAUUUUGUUUUAUUUAAUUUCUAAACUAAAGUAAACCUACA